AUGCAUGAAGAUUUACGUCGACGUGCCUUGGAAAGCGGCAAGACCGUUUCCAACAAGGCCAAAUCCAAGCCCACCUCUCGUGGCAAUUCCAAACCCAACUCUGCAGCAAAUUCACGCGCCGCCUCACGCAUUCAAAGCAGGGAUGUUUCCGAUGAUGAGGAUGGAGGCAAUGGUAAUCUUAGCGACGACACCAACCAAAGCAUAAACUCUAUCGAUCAACUCCUCGAGAGCGAUGACUUCAACGAACAAUCCACAGAGGUCCUUCGACAAGAACUUCAAGACGCAAUCACAAACAUAUUGGAGCGCAAAGGCAGCAGCAGCGGUUCCCGAGAAGGUGCUUUUAGCAUAUAUGUCAAGUGCCUCACAUCACAUUACCUUGCCGAAGGUCUCUACGGCCGAGUCAGCGAUUUGCUCGCAGCAUUCAGUCGCAGCGUAAAGACGGAGACUACAGAGAAAGAAACCACACUUGCACUACGAGCCAUUGCCCUGACUGCGAUUACCUAUGAAGACGACAAUCUUUACGAUUCCGUAUCUGCCCUGUUGAAACGCUCAAUCUCCGACUCGCAGUCAACCACAAUCAAAGCCGCUGCGAUCUAUUCACUUGCCAUUUGCAUUUCUUUCGGUGGAGCUGGUGAGGAAGAAAUGCUCGAUGUCCUGACAUUCCUGCUUGAAAUUGCUCAGAGUGAUGGGUCCUUCAUUGGAGCCGAUGACAACCCCGAAGUGGUUGCUGCAGCAUUACACACAUACGGCUUCCUCGCUACCCAAGUCGAAGACGUCGAACACGAGUCCGAAGAUGCUGUGGCGGCUUUUCUUGACCAACUUGAUUCCGAUGACGUCAGAGUCCAGGUGGCGGCGGGGGAGAACAUCGCACUUCUAUACGAGAAAAGUUAUACCCCAAGAGAAGACGAUGACACAAGUUCAUCAGAAGAUGAAGCCGACGAUGGUUCAUCCGAUGAUUACGACAGUGGUCUUGUCAAACGAUACAAUGCUUACCACAACACCAAUGAAAUCUCUGAAAAAGUCAAUGCUCUUGCCUCGUUGAGUUCCAAGUCCAUGGGCCGUCGGGACAAGAGGAUGCUGCAUCAAUCAUUCGCCAGCAUUGCACAGACAAUCGACAAUCCCAAGAAUGGCUUGCAAUCAAACAAUGCCUCCAAAAUGGUGGUGCGCAUCCACCGGGAAGGAGAAAUGCGUGUCGACAAAUGGUGGAAGUUUAUGAGACUCAACGCCAUUCGACGACUCCUGGCUGGAGGUUUCGUCAACCAUUAUUUCGAAGGAAACAAGCAGGUCCUUGAUGCCCUGCCCAUGAUUAUGCGUGCGACAGGUGACUCUGGCAUCCGAAGUCCCAGGAAGGGUGCUGCCACAAAAGCCACAAAGGGCAAAUACCGCGAUAAUCGACGCUUCGUGUCUGGAGAUCACCUUACAGCAUAA